AUGCUACAGGUGGAUACUAGCAUGUCAAGGAACACGGUUAUCCACGGCGGGCAAUUGUUCGCCGCACGCACCAACGACUACGUAGGCGGCUCUCCACUCAAGACCAACUACUCCCCCAAGCUCUGCAUGGUCGACCUCACGCGCAACGACUUCUUGUUCAAGCGGACGCCAACCUCGAAGAACGCUUUGAAGGAAGUUCUUCAGGGCGUUCUCGAGGCGACUGACGAGAAAGGGACGGUUGCAUGUGCGAUACCUCGUCCUUGGUUUGAGAAAGGCGCUCUGGUCUAUGACGCCUUCAGGGAACUCAGCGAUGCGGACGUCGAAGCCAACCCACUCGUCAUCUACUACACGAGCGUGAGCGGAGGCGCCCAGCCGAGGAACAAGGAAGGCCACAUGCGGAACCAACAGGAGCUAGUUCUUGUGGUGCACCGCAGAGGUUCAGAUGGUACGACGGGAUUCACGUGCAACAAACGUGUUGUGGUAACAGACGUUUUCGGUCACUCCCAGGGUCCUGUCCCGCAUGCGCGACACGUCAUCCACUUGGACAACUUGCCUCCAGGGGCACCCAACGGGGGGUCCCGAACGUUCUUCCCUUCCGUGGCGUGUCAGUAUUUGAUCGCAAGAUACACCAACGCCGGCGACACAGUCCUAGGAAUUGGAGUGGAAACCACUACAGCUCCAGUGGAUGCCAUAUCGCGAGGGCGCCGAGUCGAAUUUUAUGUGAUGGAUGAGUCGAAGCGCGCCGCUCUGCAGACUAACAUCGCCUCGGCGUUUCACAAGGCGCACAGCUCGGGCAUGUUUCAGAGCCGACGUGGAGGGCAAGAGGUCUUCGUUGGUCCGAGGUGCUUACCCGCUGGCCUCCCACCAUCCACUGCACCCGGGCGGGUGCAAGAGGCCCUCAAAGCGGAACUACAGAAGGAAGAAGACGUAGAGGCGGCCUCGUUCGCCGUGGCGCAGGCGGUGUCCAAGACUUCCCACCUCGUCCUACAGGGUGACCCCUCCAACCCCAAGCUCGUGCUGAAAAAGCCGAAGAGGAGCAGUAGGUCGUCGAGAGACAUCUCGGGCUUACUUGUGUGGGGUGAUCUGAUAGUGUACUCGUCCCCCAACGCCGCUAGCCAGUCGAUGGACUCAGACGAAGUCGACGAAGAGUUUGUUCGUCUCCUUCGGAUCGCUACGAACGCGCAGCUUCAGCUUAUGCUUGAACCCGGUACAGAGCGUUGCACUCCUGAGGCCGCGUUGUACUUGAGGGUAGACAAGACGUGUCCCAUCUACUGGACUAGGUGGAACAAGAAGUCUAAGGCAGACUUAGACAUUUGCUGCGACAUUCCUCAGCGUGGCACUCGGGUAAAAAUUCUUGACAAGGUCGGUUUUGGUGACGACGGUAGCGGUGGGGUGAAGGUCCGUCAUGUUCGCAACAAGCCGAACGCAGCGAGCACCCACACCGACAAUCCCUUGUACAUUAGCACGAGCUGUGGUCGAAUCGUCGGGUCGGACAUGUUUGAAUCUUCCAGUGUAGUCGGUGAAGCGGACGACGAGGAGGAGGAGGAGGACGAGGAGGAGGAGGACGAGGACGAAGAGGACGAGGGGGUCGAGUAACGUCGAAGCACAUGUCGGCAGUGCUCAAUGUCGCCGCCUUCACGGAGUCGGGUCGGGGUCGUACCUGGCUCCGACAUUUACUGGUUCCACUCUCUUGAGCUUCUAUUUGU